UCACUGAGUAUGAGUGUCGCAGUAGUGUGUAUGCGCAUUAUGUUGUUCAUUUCUUGUCGGCUGACCAGACUGAAGCCAGCAAAGGAGAUGGCUCAGGAGUCACGGGCCAUGACUGCAUGAGUGAACUGCAUUGGUAGCGAAAAAUGCCGACAUGUCGCGCUCAGUGGCGUUUUCAGAACACGAAACGGCCGCCCAGCCGUCGCUGGUCGCACGGAACAGGACGGCUAGUGGUGCUGGCGACAACGAUGGCCGAGGUCAUCAAACGACUCGUAGAUCUACCGGCACUAACAGUGCUCUGCCUCGCAUUACUGUGUCUCAAGACAGCUGCACAGCGGCCAGCGCAGAGGCCGCCGACACCGUCGGCGAUGCUCCGCCACAGUCGCAGCACUCGCAGGGUAGUGCUGGCCGAAGCUCAGUGGCAUCGCUGAUGAGCUGCUACGGAGGAGCGGAGGACGAGGGGGACAGUGUUCAGAUAGCCUGGAUCCGUCAAACACUGCAGGAGAUGACACCCGAGGAGCAAGCUGUCCUAGCGUCAGUCUUCGAGCGGCAGCUAGAGGAUUCACGUUCGGGUAUGAAGUGGAAAUGGUCGAUUGAAACCUGCUUGAAACAGGCCAAGUUCGAAGAUCCAUAUGAACCUAAAGUGAUACAGGAUGAGGAUGACACGCCAAUGUCAAGCAGCCUUGAGUGCUGCAGACGUUGUGAUGAAGUGCGCGCCUGCUUCUUACAGAUAUACAAAUUCAGUAAGGCCUGGCUGUGCUCGACCUGCAUGUUGUCACGGUAUGUUGCCAAGGCAACAGGAGAAUGGAUGCCCGGGCACGAGAUCUUCAGUGAGAUGAGCAUAGUGAUGCUAGAGGAGAUUAACAAGCAGAGGCAACUCAGUAUCUCUCCAGAACAAUGGCAGGAUCAGUGUCGUCACAAGGCAAUGUGUUCCGCGAAGGUUGCACUGUUCUACAGCGAGGCUAUGCAUGUGGUGGCUGUGAGUUUAGCAGAGAUACGUGGCCUGGCGCUGGAGAACCUUGCUCUACUGCGUGGCUGUGACCACUUUAAGGCACUGGUGUGUCUCCAGCCCGAUACCAUCUUGAGUGAGACAUUCCGCAUUGUAACGGAUGCCUUGCCCGCGGUGGAUAACUGCGACGCGACGUCGAUAUUCUACUUUGACAACCAAGAUCCGGUCGACGUGGAGCAGAGCUCUCUUUGCGUUCUCCUCUUCUCUAUAGGAAGCAAUGAUGUCAUAGCCAAGGUGGAGUAUCCUUUGUCUAGCCUGCCGCUGAAUGAGACAGCAACGUUCAUUCAGCUCGUUCAGCCAAUGGCGAGCGAGAGAGAACGCUACAACGAGAUUGUCGCCUCCGCUCUGGCCGAGGGGAAAAGCAGAGGAAGACGGCGCUCGCUUCACCCGAUGAACCCUGAACCGGCGCCAUUGACCACCCCUGAACCAGAAAAAGAGAGCGAGAACCGCCUCACAGCUGCCGAGAGCCCUCAAAAGGAGCGCUCGCAGAGCUUGCUCCCGGGUUUGGGAAAGGUGUUCAAGAAGAAGGCGUGGGCAAACCGAACGCAGGCAGUGGCCGAUGUAGACAACGUGCCUGCAAUACCCGACAUCACAAACCUUUGGUCGUCCACCGAGGAGGAUCUGGAUGACGUAGUCGUGUCAGACGGCCCUCGCUUGCCCGCGGUGCAGGCCACAAGCAUCAAGCGAACGUUUUGCAGCGUCCGCUCGUUCAUCGAGAUGUGCGAGGACGAGACGCUCCGAGCCACCAACGAGGCCUUCACGAAUAUCCAGGAGCAGGAUCAGAAACAAGGAAUGACGCUGCUGCAGAUGUCGGUGAAGUCGUAUGAACCCGAGCCAGAACUCCUGCUGCAGAAGAGCAGAGGUCUAGCCGUGCGUGGCGCUAAGAAGGCCACCGAGCCGAGACUGGUGUUUCGCAAAGCUCUGUAUGAUGAUUUGAAGGAGCACGAGAAACCGUUGUACGUGCUGAGAAGCAUGAUGGUGGCUGAAGAGCUUCGGUGCCGAGAUCACCGGCUGCCCAGGAAGGCCGAGGCAUUCGUUGACAUUGUGGUGUCGCAUCAGGAUGGCGCGGUGGGAUGCACCACCCGUCAGGUGCUGAUCUCGCGCACGGCUGAGAAGUACCCGCUCAAAGAAGAGCCACAGUCACUGACCUAUCGCUACGUGCUGCUCAGGUUUGUGAAUGCAAAGGGACAAUGCAUUGAUCGGCGCAGCACAUAUCGUACCAAACCAGAGCCGGGCAGUCCCAAGGAGGCCGCAUCGCUCACGGCGUCGUUCCGCAAGAAGUUCGCCUGGCUGCGCGUCAGCUACAAUGCCAGGUUUGAUUUCCAGAAAGACGUUCAGCGCAAAGGUGACAAGUACAAACCCAUUCUAAUACAGGUGUUACUGUGUAGUGCGAAUGGUAUCAAAGCGGCGGUCAACAUCAACAUUGCAGACACCACGCAGGAGGUGCGCGGCACGUUCCGUCUGGAACCUGCACCCGGCUGCAUUCACACCAAUCACCACGGCCAGAAAGUAGCCAAACUGCCGAAGGACAAGUUUCCCAUCAGCACGCCCUCGUCCAGUGUGUUAGACCCGAAACCAAAUGCGGAGCAUCCCCGUCGGGCCGUCAAACGCGUUCUGGGCGCCGUGCCCCUGUUGCGUAUCGGACACAAACGUGCGAAGAGCGCCGCUGCUGCAGCAAGCAUGCAGGACGGACGCGCGACCCGUCUCAGCGUCUCCCUGACCAGCCUUAGCGAUUUCACCGUAUCACCGGUAGAUACGUGCUCGCUAGACGACUACCCCGGAAACUUGCACAACCCCGCGGACACACUGCACACCUGCCAGGUGACACUCAGGCCAACGGGUGGGAAAGACGCGCGGUUGUCGCGGCAACUAAGCUCGUCCGAGCCGGCCCUCGCCACGUCGUCGUCAGGGCAGCAGAACGAGGCGCGCUCUCGUGCGUUCAGCGAGGCCGCCGUUCGUGCCAGCCCAAACGCUGCCGCUGGCGCGCAGCCACCCGAAGAAUGGAGCAGUCUGUCGAGCAAACGCUUCCUGCAGGUCUCGCCCAACUUCACGCGUGGCGUGCCAUCUUCCGACGUCUCAGAUGCUGGAGAGAGUCCGGGAGACAGCAGUAAAGACAGGAGCAGUGGAAGCAAGAGUGGGCGAUCAACCCCAGCAAGCACGUCGUCGCCGGUCAAGCAGAGCAAGCCGCCCAAGGUGAAGCGCCGACGUAUCGGCCAGAGGCAAAGCGUCAGCAGCACAGCUGCCACCGCCGCCACCGCCACACCGGCUGCUGCCAGCCGCAAGAAGUCACGCAGCGAGUCGCGCCUGAACCGUCUCGGCCUGUGGCCGUUCGCGAAGAGUGCCGGUAACCUGCCAUCACUCGGCUCGAGCAUGGGGGAUGUGCAGCAGUCAACCGAAGCUGACACACCUGACAACGCGUAAAAACACUGGGCUGGUUGCACCGGGCAAUGAUUGCGUAGGACAAUGCGCACCGAAAUUCGAACCUACUGGGCUGGUUGCGGAGGAUAAUGCGUAACGAAGUUAAAGCCUACUGGGCUGGUUACCUAGGACUAUUCAUGAUGGAAUCAGUGGUGUACUGAAGUAGACGCGUUAUUCACUACCCCUGUCUACCGGAGAUGAUGAUAGGAUUGCUCAUUCAGGAGCACUUGAACUGUGCAAGGUGUAGCCAUUCUAUUACCAAUUCAUGGACCAUGAUCAAAGUUCCCCACAUCCAUACACAUACACAUGUUCAAAAAUUAUUAACUUCAUCCCGAACUUUAUUCUCGUCCAUUAAUCAGACACACGCGCACAACACACGCACGCGCAUACAUACACGAACACUCGCACAUUCACAGCUAGAUGAUCAGACAGACACAUAUACACACAGUAGAAAACUUGAAAACUCAUAAUCUGGAAUGGGUGGCUGCUAAGUUCAUCUGACAAAACGGCUAUUUUGUAUUACUUAGCUCGUUAAUGUGGCUCUUCCUUAUUGAAUGUCUCCUACCCUGUAACUGCAAGCAAAUGUACUGUUCAUCAGUGUACAGCUGGGAGAGAGAAUGUACGUGCAUGUGCAUGCGUGCGUGCGUGUGUACAAGUAUUGACAGCUUUUCACAAAUUUUUGGCAACCCUCCGCUUAACAAUUAUUUAUUUUCUCUGCUCCAAAUACAAAAAAUGAUUAUUUGAUCGUUUUCUCGUUUCCCCUUAGUCUGGUAUUCCACUGACCAUUGCGACACGAAAACAUUCUGGACACGACGCUGCGUUGGUUGCAAAGUUUGUGAUCAUGAUUCGAAUGUGCACUGUAUUAUUAUUCUUUGCUUUUGUUCAAAUUUAAAACUAUGCCCCUUCUUGGCAUAUUUGCAAUUCAUUGCAGUGAGCCCUUCCUGGUUAUAGCCGCGAGAAAACGUUAAAAUAA